AUGGAUCCCUCGACCGUGGUGAUCCCAAACACCCUCCCCCUCGAUAUACGAAACGGACACAGUCCUAUACGCUCACCGCCUGCCUAUGGGCUGCAUGAUAAUGUUUCCAUGCCCGAUGUGCCCAGUGAUGGCGAGAUGUUCCCUUCCAAUGGCGAAAAUAUGGAUGACUCCGAUGCCUCUCACGAAUCCAUGAAUGCCGAAGAGGCAGCUUCGGCAAACGAUGACGAUGACGAUGAGAGUGUCAAUGGUGUCGAUGCCGGAGUGAGCUCACACCAUUCUUCUGAUGAUGAAAGCAUUGGAGGCUCGGAAGACGCGGCUGGCGAGGACGUUGCGGAAUUCAUGCUGGACAACGAUGUAGAUGCCCCUCCGUCUGAAAUGUUCUCGUCCUCGCCGGGCUCGAAACGGGGAGUGAAACGUAAAUCUUCUGUCGAUGAAGAAGAAUAUAUCAGGAACAACCCUGCCCUAUACGGCCUACGACGGAGUGGGCGUGCUCGCCCAACUCGACGGCUGGACCAAGACAGCUCCAGCUCCGACUCUGAUGUCGCCCCUCCCCCAAAACGGCGUCGGCCUGGGCGUGUCUCUGACCGUCCUUCUCCAGUGCAGAUGCUGGAUUCAUUCUCUGACUCUGAUAGUGACGCGUAUGAAGGCCCUCGUCGUAGCCGACAGGGCAAAAAGCAACGCCGGAACGCUCAAAAUAAUAAAAACUCCUACCUCCCGUCGCAUGGCGAAGUUCGCUUCUCCACAAGGCGAGCAAACAAGGUCUGCAACUACAACGAAGAGAGUGACGACCACAUGUUUGAAGAUGAGUAUGAAGAGGGUACUCCUGGCGAGUGGACAUACACAGUGGAUGACACCACGCCCGCCAUUGACAAGAUCCUUUAUCACCGCUUCAAGGAAGGCGUUGACCUCUCCAAACCUGACCUAGGUCGCCGUGACUGCGAGUAUUACACCAAGUGGCAGGGCUUAGCACAUUAUCAUGCCACUUGGGAGACCGUCGAUACCCUGGCUAACUGUCGCGGUGUUCGGCGUCUAGAUAAUUAUAUUCGGAGAGAGAUAGAACAGGAGAUCCUCUUCAUGAGAGACCCAGAUGUAAUCCCGGAGGAACGAGAGAAAUGGAGCCUUGACCGCGAACGGUAUAUAGAAAAAAUUGACCAUUUUAAACAAGUGGAGCGUGUCAUCGGCUCCCGUGAAGUCGAUGGUGCCACCGAAUACUACAUAAAGUGGAAGCGAUUACCGUAUGACGGCUGUACGUGGGAAGAGGGAAGCCUCAUAAGCAAUAUGGCUCAGAGCCAGAUUGAUGCCUACCUCGACCGCUGCUCUCACCCUCCUAUCUCCUCCCGGACUGAGUCCAACCCUGCAACCCGCUCCAAAUUCGAACCCAUACAUGGAAACCCAGACUUCAUACAAAACGGUCAACUCAAGGAGUUCCAAAUCAAGGGUGUCAACUUCCUCGCCUACAACUGGGUCCGUGGCCGUAAUGUUGUCCUUGCUGAUGAAAUGGGCCUAGGAAAAACUGUUCAGACUGUGGCAUUCAUAAACUGGCUACGGCAUGUCAGACAGCAGCAAGGACCAUUCAUCGUCAUCGUCCCAUUAAGUACCAUGCCAGCCUGGAGCGAGACCUUUGACUUAUGGACUCCUGACGUCAACUACAUCGUCUAUAGCGGCCCAGAGCCUGCCCGAAGGAUCAUCAAAGAGUACGAGCUCUUGACCGAUGGCAAUUUGAAACGUCCUAAAUUCAAUGUUCUCCUUACCACUUAUGAAUAUGUUUUACAAGAUGCAAGUUUCUUAAACCAAAUCAAAUGGCAGUUCAUGGCAAUUGAUGAAGCGCAUAGAUUGAAAAAUCGUGAAUCACAGCUAUAUACCAAACUUCUCGAUUUCAAGUCAUCGUGUAGGCUGCUCAUAACGGGGACUCCAGUCCAGAACAACCUGGGAGAACUCUCUGCUCUGAUGGACUUUCUCAACCCUGGUGCCAUUGACAUUGACGAGAACAUGGACCUGAACUCUGAAGCAGCCAGUGCAAAGCUGGCCGAAUUGACCCAAGCCAUUCAACCCUAUAUGCUCCGUCGGACCAAAUCAAAGGUCGAGAGCGAACUCCCACCAAAGUCCGAAAAAAUCAUUCGAGUCGAACUAUCUGAUGUUCAACUCGAAUUGUAUAAAAACAUCUUGACCAAAAAUUAUGACGCCCUCAAUCACGGUGGCAAAGGACCUAAGCCCUCACUACUCAACAUCAUGAUGGAGUUGAAGAAAGCGAGUAACCAUCCGUUUAUGUUCUGGGGUGCUGAAGACCAAGCGGGAGGCAGCACACGGCGAGAAGAUCAACUAAAAGCUCUCGUCACCAGCAGCGGGAAGAUGAUGGUGCUUGAUCAGCUUCUCACCAAGCUCAAAAAUGAUGGCCAUCGCGUCCUGAUUUUCAGCCAGAUGGUGAGAAUGUUAAACAUAUUGGCUAAUUAUAUGGAUGCUCGCGGCUUCAAUUACCAGCGGCUAGAUGGUACAAUUGCCGCCGGCCCACGACGUCUUGCCAUCGAGCACUAUAAUGCCCCCGGCAGCACUGACUUUACCUUCUUACUCUCCACACGUGCUGGUGGCCUUGGUAUCAAUCUUAUGACGGCUGACACAGUCAUCUUGUUUGAUUCAGAUUGGAACCCCCAAGCUGAUCUGCAAGCUAUGGCACGAGCUCAUCGCAUCGGGCAAACCAAGCCUGUCAGCGUGUAUCGUCUGGUUUCUAAGGACACUGUUGAAGAGGAAGUCCUAGAAAGAGCGAGGAACAAGCUUUUGUUAGAGUUCAUUACCAUUCAAAGGGGCGUGACGGACAAUGAAGCCACCAACCUCAAAGACAAACUUGCGCGUGCUGGCCAUCAUGUCAAUGAGCCUACUUCUUUCGAUGACAUUUCGCGGAUUCUCAAACAGCGCGGACAACGCAUGUUCGAGCAAUCCGACAACCAGAAGAAACUUGAAGAGCUCGAUAUCGAUGCUGUCCUUGCCAAUGCUGAAGAACAUAAGACAGUCGAGGAGGACGCAAUUGAGGUUAGCGGAGGAAUCGACUUCAUCAACGAAUGUCAGUACGUUGAUGUCAAGUUUGACGACCUUUCCUGGGAUGAUAUUAUUCCAAAGGAAUACCUAGAGAAGAUCAAGGCAGAGGAAGAACUUGAAGCUCAAAGGCGACCUCUGAAAGAAGAACCCAAUGAAAAUGCAACCGGGAUCCCCGCCAUUAGCGAUGAACGUGAGGAGCGAAAAGCUAAAAGACGAGCUCGUCAACAAGUGAACAUGGAUGCUGAUGCCAUAUCCGAUGCCGAAGGCCCGGAUCCAAGUGCACCGCUAAGCGAAAAGGAGUACCGGCAUCUCAUCCGUGCGUAUCUGAGAUACGGAGACAUGAAAGACCGCGAAGAAGAAAUUAUUAAAGAAGCACGCCUCGUAAAUCGGGAUCUCACAGUCGUGAAAGAUGCGCUUAGCGAAGUCAUUGACAGGGCUACGACUCUUGAACAGGAGGAAAACAACAGAAUCCGUGCUCUUGAACGUGAGGGUAAGAGCUUCACGAAAAAGGAACGAAAAGCAAUCCUUUUCGACCACAAGGGCGUCAAACGAAUAAAUGCGGAGACCAUCGUUAGUAGGCCUGGGGAAAUGCGCCUCCUUCGAGAAGCCACUUCCAACCUACAGGAUAUAACGAGCUUCCGCAUACCAGAAGCUACCAAGGGCGCAGACUACUCCUGUUCUUGGGGUGCCCGAGAAGACGGGAUGCUUUGUCUAGGUAUUGCUCGCCACGGCUACGGAGCGUGGACACAGAUCCGUGAUGACCCCGAGCUAGGCCUAGGGGAUAAAUUCUUCCUUGAUGAACACCGGGUUGAUCGCAAACAAGAGCGGUUAAGUGGUAAAGGCGAAGGGUCAAAAUCUCCUGGAGCCGUACACCUUGUUCGAAGGGCGGAUUACCUCAUAUCAGUGCUUAAAGCCAAGGAAAGCAAUGGCGCAAGCGCUGCAGCCAGAAAGGCCCUAGAAAACCAUCACCGUAACAAUAAAAAGGUCAACGCUCGGAAUGCACAUAGGACGGUUUCCGCAUCCCCUGCCCCAUCUCUUCCACGAAAAGGUAGAGAAGCAGAAAAGCCAAGGCGCCGCUUGCAAAACCGUGGCAGCCGUGACAGUGCUGAUGGAUCGCAUACACCGCUGCGAGAACGAGAUCGUGGAAAACCCGCCGAUUCUGAUAAAGCACGCAAACAUUCCAAGGAAGAGGCCCUACGACGUCGUAGUGACGACCGCAGUACAGCCACUCCUACAGGUGGUGACAACAUGCUUAGGAGUAUCUUCAAACCAAUCCGAGAGCAUCUAAGGCGGGUGUCCCAGGUCACUAAGGAAAGCAUCCCAAGCAAGCCAGAACGAGCUGCCGAACUUCGUCGAUUGCUGCGGAUGAUCGGAGAUUUCAUCCGUGGUAUUCUUGAUGGGCAAGAGGCCGCCGCCUCACUUGAAGGGAGAUUAUGGGACUAUUGUGCGGCAUACUGGCCAAACAAAGGAACACCAGGGAGUGCACUUCUCAACAUGUACAGCAGGCUAGUGGCCGCUGAAAAGGGCGCAGAAGCGUCGAAUUAA